AUGUUGCCGCAAAGCUCAUUGUUGAUCCUCGCCCCAUUGCUGGCCGCGUUGCCAGUCCACGCCUUCUACACGAAGAAUUCACCUGUUCUCCAGCUGAAUCAGAAGACUUAUGGGUCGCUGAUUGCGGAUUCCAACUACACCUCGGUCGUCGAGUUCUACGCUCCCUGGUGUGGUCACUGUCAAAACCUCAAGCCUGCCUACGAGAAAGCGGCUCAGAACCUGAAAGGCUUGGCCAAGGUUGCUGCGGUGAACUGCGACGAGGAUGAGAAUAAGCCGUUCUGCGGUCAAAUGGGCGUCAAGGGCUUUCCUACAAUCAAGAUCGUGACGCCGUCCAAAAAGGCCGGCAAGCCCCGUGUCGAGGAUUAUCAGGGUGCGCGCAGCGCCAAAGGAAUCGUUGACGCCGUGGUGGACCGCAUUCCCAAUCAUGUAAAGCGCGUUACGGACAAAGACUUGGACCAGUGGUUGGAGCAGAACGGGGAACGGCCCAAGGCUCUUCUGUUCACGGAGAAGGGCACCACGACUCCUUUGAUCCGUGCGUUGGCGAUUGACUUCCUGGGUGCCAUUGACGUGGCUCAAGUACGCAACAAAGAAUCUGCAUCGGUGCAAAGGUUCGGCGUCUCCAAGUUCCCAACACUGGUCGUCCUCCCUGGCAGCGAUGGCGAGUCAAAGCUCUAUGAGGGCGAGCUGAAGAAGCAGCCUAUCGCCGACUUCCUCAAACAGUUCGCUUCACCUAACCCCGAUGCAACUGGCCAACCUGCUUCGCCGGCAGCCAAAUCCAAGAAGACCAAGUCGUCUAAGUCGUCAAAGGGGGCUCCCAAAGUCCCAGUCGUUCCUGAUGACGAAGAAACAGUACCGGCUGCUGAAGCCACUCCGGAAGUCAAGCCCGCGUCGGUCCCAAUUACUCCUCCCAUUCCUUCGCUGGCGACCCCCGAGUCUCUGGAAUCGAGUUGUCUGAGCCCGAAGUCCAAUACUUGCGUUCUGGCCCUACUCCCAGCGCUAGCAGAGCCCGACGCUGUGCUUCCACUGACUGCCACCGAAGCACUUGCCAGCUUAUCUGAAGUUGUGCAUAAGCACGCCAGACGCGGUACCAAUCUCUUCCCGGUCUACGGUGUCCCUGCCGAGAACUCCGCAUCUCACACGCUGCGGACGUCGCUCGGAUUAGGCUCGGUUGAUGCGGUAGAGAUCAUUGCUCUAAAUGCGCGUCGCGGGUGGUUCCGUCGUUACGCAAAUGCAGAGGAUUUCGGGCUUGCACCUGUUGAGGGGUGGAUCGACGCAAUUCGGUUUGGCGAGGGUGCCAAGGAGAAGCUCCCCGAAGGUGUUGUUGUAGACGCUCCUGUCGAGGCUGCAAAAUCCGAAACCCAGGUCGAUCCCGAGGACGAAGCCAAGGAGGAGCCAGAGCAUGACGAGCUUUGA